UUGCAUCAUAAGCUCCGACUAUAUUAAAACCCUAGAACGCCCAUUUUUGAGUUUUCAGAUUUGGCCGGAUUCUGCUUCAGCUGCCGUGAAGAUGGUGAAGGGACGUCAAGGCGAGCGUGUUAGGCUCUAUGUGAGGGGUACCAUCCUUGGAUACAAAAGAUCCAAAUCGAACCAGUACCCAAACACAUCUCUCGUCCAAAUUGAAGGAGUGAACACCAAGGAGGAGGUUGCAUGGUAUGCCGGCAAGCGAUUGGCAUAUAUCUACAAGGCCAAGGUGAAGAAGAAUGGAACCCAUUACCGCUGCCUAUGGGGAAAGGUUACAAGGCCACACGGUAAUAGUGGUAUUGUUCGUGCCAAAUUCACAUCAAAUCUUCCUCCCAAAUCAAUGGGAUCAAGGAUAAGAGUAUUUAUGUAUCCCAGUAACAUUUGAGAUGACGUGGCCAGUAGAAUUGCGUUGUGAUUUCUAGAUUCAGGGAUUUUUGUUUGAUUUUAACUUCUGAGGAAUUGUUUUUUGGUUUAGACCCUACUGUAAUGGCUAUUGUCCCUGAAAUAUUAUAUUCAGUAAUAUGCAUGUGUACUUUGUUUUCUCUAA